GUUUCGAGGAGAAGUUAGCGGUAUUCUCUUAUCUUUCUCAGCAGGGUAAGAGGAUACCAAGCUAUGGAGCUUAUCAGAGACAGACUCAGGUUUGUUUUAUAGAGGUGGCUGGAAUUGGAAUAACUAUUCUCAAAGGUGUUUUCUUUGUCUGCAUCAUCCAACUAUCGAAAAUGACUACUUCUGGGGUUUGGAUUAACGCAAUGUGGAUUUUACUCUUUGCCAUUUUUGACGCGGCUUUUUCAAACUAUUCGGAGGACCAGUGCAGCUGGAGAGGAAGUGGUCUGUCCCAGCAGCAGGGCAGCGUUGAGCAGAUCUCCCUCCACUGCUCAGAGGGCACCCUGGACUGGUUGUAUCCCAAAGGUGCCCUACGCCUCACCCUCUCCCCCCGUCUUCCCUCUGUGGCAGUGGGUCCAGGCGGCAGUAGCUCAGGCCUCAUCACAGCCUGCGUCAAACCCUCCGAGCAGUUUCACGGAGCCCAGCUGUACCUGGAGAGAGACGGGGUCCUGGAGCUUCUGGUGGGUGACCGGUUGGAGUCAUCACCUCCACCGAGAGUCCGCUGCUUCAGCCGCCUGCCGGGGGAGAAGGUGGCUCUGUUCCUGCAGGCGACUCCUCAUCAGGAUAUCAGCAGGAGGAUUGCUUCCUUCAGAUAUGAACUGAGGGGGGACUGGACUGCUCAUCUGUCACUGGACUCAAACCGCAUCAGCAGUGAAGAUGCCUGCAGACCGUGCAACAACACUGAGAUUCUGAUGGCUGUUUGCACCAGUGACUUUGUUGUCCGAGGUAACAUCCGAUCAGUUGUUGAAGAUGAUAACCUCCGAGCUGCGGUGAUCAAAGUCAGCGCCACCCGGGUGUUUCGUCAAAAGUACGCCCUUUUCACCGGCAACAGCCGCCUGAGCAGCCGGGGUGAGGUUAGGACUCUGCUGCAAUGUGGCGUCAAACCAGGACCAGGCAGCUUCCUCUUUACUGGCCGGGUCCACUUUGGGGAGGCCUGGCUGGGCUGUGCUCCUCGCUACAAGGACUUUCAGAAGGCUUAUACAAUAGCCAAAGCAGCUCAGCAGAUCCCCUGUGAACUGCCUGUAGACUGAGGAAAAGACUGCAGCAGCUUGUCUAACGGUCAGAGUCGAGGCCAGACUAAAGAUUAGGCCGAAACCCAGUCCUGGAAGAAGCCAGUGUUCAUCUGUUGGCAGAUAUUGCACGGUGACGCCAAUGGCUAUUGUCUUCCCAAAGGACUGAGGAGUGAAAUGGACCUUUCCCAACACCAUUUCAGUGCAUUUAGCAGGCACCAGGUCAGAAAGAAACAGGAGAAGAUGUGACAUGAAGUCUAGAAGCAUUUGGCAUUGGGCAGUACAACAUAAAGGGAUGCCAUUAUGCAGGUCCAGAGCAUAUCUUUCCAUUGGGAAUAAAUUAAAAGGAGCUUUCAGUUCAGACAUAUUGAUGCUGAGAAACUCAGGAAAAUUUAUGUUAAGUUACAUAGUAAGCUUGCUGCCUUGGAUGUGAGCAACUGAGGAUAAUGUCUGGUCAUUGAAAAGGGAUGUUAUGCUGUCAAACCCCUCUCCUGGGGUCAUCUGCAGUGUUACUUCUAAGCAGGAGAUUUAAAAAUAGUCCUUUAAAAAUAAAAUUAAAAGAAUAUUUAUUUGCACUGAUGAAGGAAAGGGAACAAACUGUUAAGUGAGACGCUGCAAGCACUGAAAACCAAAUAAAAAAGCAACUAUAUGUAGCAUAGUGGAAUGAUUGAGAAUAUAAUAUAUGUACAGAUAAUGUAAGCAUGUAUACACGAGGUGAGGUGACCUGAGCAGCUCUAACUGGUGCUAAGAGCACUUUUACAUUCAUGCCAACUCUGAGAUUUUGCUUUUGUAAGGAGAUACCCGCUUUCAGAAAGCCUGUAAGAAGAACUGGUGGCAUUAUUUGGUAAAAACAAACAAAAAAAAAAAAAAAAUCAAAUGUAGCAAUGCAAUAUUUCUGUCUGAUUUGACUUCAAAAUGUAUGGGUGGAAUUGCAGCAUUGUUGCCAAAGCAGUUUGAGGUUAUUUUGUGAAGUCUUUCACUUCUUUUUCUGUUUUAUCUCUCUAGUAUGAAGAAACCCAAACCAAGAAGCUAUUUUAUAAAGUCAAACAAGGUUUCAAUGCUAUGAUGAAUACAGCCAUUUAACUAAACUCCAGUGUUAUUAUUAACAUCAAACCAGCUUUAGGUGGAAACAAAGAGCAACAUUGGACAAGGCUAGCUCAAUAGAAAGACAAAAUAUGCAUUUACUGUUAAAAUUCUGUUAAAUGAUUUCAUAUCUGAUGUGCACUAUAUCAACAAGGGGAGGGGUUCAUACCAAAUUACUGUUGUGUUAAAGCUGUUUGUCUUAAAGCGUACACUGCCAUUUGCUGUUUAUUUCUAUGUACAUUUGUGUCAAUGUGAAUGUAAAUAUGUUAAUAAGAAAUUCUAGAAACAACAGCAUGAAAGCCUGUGGUAAAAAUGAAAUUUGUGUCAGUAUUGUGGAUUAUUUCAAUGUUUGU